GGUACUUUUAAACUUUAAAAGGUAACGAUUAUAUACAUUACAUCAGAGUUAAUUCUAAAUAAAGUUUUAAUUGCAAUUAGUAUGAUGGAACAAGGUUUUGUUGUUUGCCAAUAGAUCCGUUCAAUGCUGCCAUACCACUAUACCUUUUAUAUGGACUACCUAACAGUUUCAAUGAAUGGAAGAUGGCUGCUUACACUCAUACGCAUUCAUAUAUUUUCUAAAUCACUUACAUAUACAUAUGUACAUACAGCUGAUACUUUUCACUCAUUGAGAGCAAGCUGCUGAUAUUUAUUUCUGAGAGUACUCAAACGUCUCCGUUUUUUGUUUUUGCUUGCUGGGUAGUCAGAAUUUUUGCUUAUGAUAUUUGACAUUUGUGCAAUUUGAAAAGAUAUGGCAAACAAACAUAUGAUAAAGAAGAAGAGAAUAACAAAACGGAAUUGAGUGUAACAUUCAUAAACUAAAAUUUGUUGGUGGAAAGUGUAGAACAUAACUUUGAUGUAAAAUUUCAAAUGAAACAAAAGAACUCUUUGGCUGUCAGAAAAUUUUGUAGAAACUAUACAUUUGUUGAAUAAAUGUUAUAAUAGUAUUGGAAAAAUUUCGUAAUAUUAAUUAAUAAUUCGAUAGGGAAUAGUGGAAGCGUGAAUGGUUACUAAUAAAUGAACUCGAACGCAGAAGUGAUUUAGGAAGCAAAAGAGCAAAAAUUUCAAGCCAGCUAUAGAAAGUUAUGGCUCCAGUGAAAAAUGUAACUACGGUUCAGGUCACAAAGGAAACAGAAAUGCAAAAAAGUAAACAAACAUUAAUGCAACAACAACUUCAUAAAAGAUCACAUAGAUCUGCACAAAGGCAUCGCAUCAACUCUGGAGUCAGUGGUGGUAGCGGAACAACAGGCACAUCUUCAGAUGGUUGUGUACAGUGGCAAGUAAAUAGCAAUGAUGAUUACGCAGUGUCAACGAAUCGACCAACAAAUCGUGGUGCAACUGUGAAAACGCAUAGAGCAUCGGCAACAACCAGCGGCGAAACUGAAACAGCUUUUCCGAAAGCAAACAAUCGAAAUUUUAAAAAAAGCAAUAUUAAUAAUAAUAAUAAUACAAGUUCUGGAACAGCGGAUGUGCAGAGAAAAAGACAACAUAGUCCAGAAAAAUCAUCAACACGUAUAAACGGAAAUAUAACUGGUAGUCAUUGCGACAUAAGUAAAAGCGAGCAAAAUACAAAACCACCCUCGGUAUUGCCUUGUUCAUCAUUAGAACCAAAGUCUGCGGAACGUGUGUUAAGAGAAGCUAGUAACUCGCAUGGAACUAACUCUGCACAAAUACAAAAAAUAUUAAAGGAACCACAUGCAAUUUCAAAAGCCAGACAAAGUUCACUUGUAAAAUUAACUAAAGUGAAUAAAACCCCGUUGUUGCCGGUUAGACUACUGAAUUUGGGCACCAGCAUAACUACAACGCAAACACCAACUAUUUCGGCUUUGUCAACGGCUGUAGCAAGAGCGGCGUCUGCCACCAAUCCGCAACAAAUUCCCUUUGGUGAAGGCGUAAAUGUUGAGUCAAUUUUACUACAACGUCUACAAUUAAUUAAACAUUUUUUGAACGUAACGGCGCCAACAAUUACAUCCCUCAAUCAGCGUUUACCAAAACAGAACGAAGAUAUUACACCAAGAGUAAGCGUAGCUAAUUUAACUGUUCAACAAAAUUCGCCUAAGCCGUUAAUGGUAUAUGAAAAUAAAUCCGAAAGUAUGGAGCGUGAAGUGGUAGUGAACUCAGCAAGUCUAGAGGAUGUCGCACUUAGUGAGUUGAGCGAUAAUCGCGCACAAUCUAUACAAUCAUUGCACAGCGUUGAAACGCCUACACCAGAUGAUUCACCCAGCUUCGAUGAGUUGCAGCAACGUUUGGAGACUUCUAAUCGUAAUAUACAAAAUAUGCAAGAGCAGCAACAACAGCUCUUGCGUUUGCAAAAUGCCGCUAAACAGCAUUUGAGCGAGAUGGAACAUCUGCGCCAACAGGCUGGUACCUUAAGUUUUGGUUCUAACCAACUAAACGGCUCCUCAAAUGCUGAUGGCACACCUGAAUAUGAGUCAAUCGAUCAAGUGCAUUCAGAUAUGGCCACAUUGGUUGGUCGCAUGAAGAAUCUCACGACAUUUAUACAAAAUCAGAAUGAGUUAAGCAAUCUACUGGGUGAUGAUGGUCCAGAAAUCCUAGCCGAACAGGAGGCGUUGCAACGUAAACUAGAAUCCUUGCGUGCGCAACGUGAUGAUAUGCGUACAUUGGUGAGCGAAUUGCAGGAUAUCAAUCGUAAUGCCGAACGUAGGUGUGCUAUGGGUACGAAGGAAAGCGAAGAUGAAGCGACUGUUAGCGAGAAACCAGUGGUAAAUAAAAACACGCAAGAGCACGAAGAAACACCAAAUGCAACUAACGGCGCACGCAUUGUGCCGGUCACUUAUACGCGGACUGUGCCCAUAAAACUCACUAAUGGCGGUGUAACUGAACCAGCCGGAAAUGCAGCUAUUAACGCUAAUGAUGAUGAUGACGAGGAUGGCGAUCCUGAAGAAAAUGCGGCCACCGCUAUGCUUAUACAACAGAAAGUUGCCGACAUAGAAACGAUGCGUAAGCAAUUACAACGUCUAAAGGACAUGAUGGAGACUGUGAAUAUCAUAGAGGCGCGUACAUCGCGUGAUGUUAAUGAUAUCGGUCGUACACCACCACGUGAGCUACGUUCGCAAUCACGCUCGACCGGCUCGUCGUUUGACCGCGACUGUACACCGGUUUCGGUUGUGCCGGCACAUGCUGCUGGCAGCGCGGAUGACGUUGGCGAAGAUGUAUAUCUUACACGAAAAAUGCGUAUGAUUAAUGAAGUAACCGCAGAUUUACGUGCGCAGGCAGAAAGUUUGCAGGCCGAACGCGAUCGCAUAAAGGCGUUGAAGGAAGAGAUCGUUUUGCGCAAACAACAAGCUGCGGACGCAGCAAAACUUGGUGAAGAUGCUUUAAAGCGCAGCAGUUUAACACCUACCCCCACACCACGCAGUCGUAAGCAACGUGAAAUCGACACUCCCACCCCACCGCCUUCAGCGACUGCCGAAAGCGAUCAACUCAAGAAAGAAUAUGAGGCAAAGAAAAAGGAAUUCGAAUUGUUGUGUCAACGUUUACAACAAGAUGAAAAUAGUGCUACUAUUGCACCAAUUGGCAUUAAAGCACCACGCCGUAGCGAUACUGUCUCCGAAGCCGACGAUGAGGCAGAUUGCGAUGAAGAGCUGAAUGAUUCGGACAUCCCCACAUCGAAUACAACUUCGACUGGACGGCAAUAUUUUUCGGCGCCCCAACAACAAUCUACUCCGGCACAACAACAUCGCGCGGCAGCAAAAGCAGCUGUAACUGCACAUACAUUGGCUGCCGGAGCGGCAUCGGCAAAAAUUAAUGAACACUGUCUUCAAACUCAAGGUCAACGAAUAUCGGCCGGCGCCCUUGGUAAGGAAGACAGCUUUGACACGAAUUUAACAUCAUCUACGGCAGCUGAACGUCGCCAUUCUACAUUAGCCAAUGCCAACAGUACCACGCAGGAAGGUGCUUCGCUGGAAGCUGGUAGUGUACAAUCUGGCAGUUCGCAAUUCUCAAUGCCACCACCAAUGCCGCCCAUGGGCGCUUGCAGCAGUUGGCCACCGCUGCCGCCAAUGCCCAACACUUGGAAUCCACAAUUGUACUAUGGUUUCGGCGCACCGCCACAUCCAUUAACUGCAUCACAACCGAACUCGGCAGCAACAAAUCAGAGUGUUGGUGCACCAUUCACCCCUGUUGGUUUGCUGCCACAAUCUGCCGUGAACAGCGAAUGUAUUUGCAGCGCGGCAAACAGCGCUACUAACGCGCCCAUUAUUAGCGGACCAACGCCAGCAACUAGUUCCACAAAUACGGCUGCACAAUUGGCCGCCGAUCCUGUAUUGUUACAGCAAUUCGUGCAAACUCAACAAAUGCUCAUCAAUUCUGUAUGCCAAUGCAAUCAGAUGUUGUGGCAUCAGCAACGUGAAAUUGAUGCUUUGAAUAACACAAUACAUGUGUUACAGGAACGUUUACUUACUUUGACUGGAAACGUCAACGCUGUACCGCUAACGGAUUUGCCCUACUCACUGCGUGCCGAAUCGGUCCCACCUCCUGGCAUAACGGCAGGCACAUUGCCAAACAAUCUCUAUUUGAGCAGCUCGAAUCGUGCGCAAUCCGAGCAACCAGCGCUUUUCAUGCCCGGCCUCACCACAACCACACGCAAUAGCGCAUUCUCCAACUAUCAACGUCAUCAGCAACAACAACAAUAUCAACAACAUGGUCGCAUCGCAACAGCUUUUAGCAGCGAAACACAACACAGCAACAUAGCGGCGGCCAGCAGCACCAACGCCGGCCUAUAUAACACUUUAAAUAACGCUGCACCACCACCACCGCCCAAUCACGGCGCAUCACAUUACAACAACGAAGCACCGCAAUCACCACCACUGCAGGGUAAUGCGGCUGGACCAGGCCCGAUUUUUAUGCACCAUCACAAUAACGCUAUACACCAAAAUAAUGCUAACUUGCGCACACAAAAUCACUAUGCUAACAAUUUGCAUCAGCAGCAGCAGCUACAACAGCAACAACAACACGGUCAUAGUAACAUCAAUAUUGGCGGCGGUAAUACAUUGAAUAAUCAAGUGCCACCUGGUAAUCGUGCCAACAAUUAUUGGGACAAUUUUCGAAGUUAUUCGCGUCAAAAUUUGCUCUCUACCAACUCGAAUAAAAGCAAUGAAGAGCAGCAACAGCAUAACCAACAACAACAACAGCAGCACCAACAUCAACUAUAUUUACAACAACGCACAAUCGAUGAAACUGAGGCACGUGGUGCGGCGCAAUAUCGAUCACAAUCGCAAGGCCUACGCCGUUCCGUAACAACAACAUUGCCUGCCGCGCUGACCAGCAGCAACUUGCAGCAAUUACAACGGCAGCAACAGCAGCGAGAGGAGGCGGUGCAGCAACGACAGCAGCAACAGCAACGCGCAACACAAACUCAGCCACAAUUAUAUCGCACAGUUGACGGUAGUAACAGCAAUAGUUGCAACAAUUUGAAUUACGAACGCAAUGCGAAUGACAAUAAGUAUUUGCGCACGCUGCAGCGUUCGCAUAUCAACCGCUAUCAGCAGCAGCAGCAGCAGCAGCAACAAAAUGUCGGACCUAUAAAUUCGUUAUACACCAAUCACAACAACUUAUAUCAAUCCUCCUGGCUACCGCCUGCCGGCGCUGCUGCGAACGCCACCAAUUGCGCCGAUGUCAAUACGGACGCCGACAAUGUUGAUAUUGAUGUAUACGAUGCGUACAACAUCAUUGACAGCGAUUUGGCUGCGCCCUAUGCGCACUUGAGCAGCAACAUGGGCUCUAAUUCGAGCAAUAUGUUGCGCAACAUGAACGUCAACUUUGGCAAUAGUCCACAUUAUCAGCGCAAUAAGUUGUUAACAAAACCAAAUUGUCGUGGCGCCGAAGCCAUGGAUCAUCAUAAUCCGAAUAGAAUGCAAGCAGAGCAACAGCAACAACAACAACAGCAACACCAACACAUACUGUCACAGCAACAGCUGGUGUUACGCGCCCAACAACAAAUCGAUCAAUCUACAGCGCCAACCUUACGAAACAUGGUUGAUUUCACGCAGGCGCGUCAUCUAGAUUUGUUACCCGCCUCGGUCAGCGAAGCGGUUGCUGCAGCCGAAGCACAACUUCGCAAUCGCGAACGUGUCGAUCUUUUACUACGCACUGUGACCGCUGACGAUAACGACACUAUCAAUGUUUUGCCCACCACAGUGUGUGUCAACUCAACAACCACCUAUAACUCGCCAUAUAUGCCAAACGCUAAUGCAUUGCAAUUAAUGGACACCAAUGGACUUAUUAAUAAUACGCCCAAUAUUAAUAACGAGAAUGCUGCACAUGAAGUGGAAACUGAAGGUGAAACCGCGGCCGAUUUGAACGUAGACAUAGACUUGCUAAACGAUGAGGAGGAGGACGAUACCACAUCAGAAGAGAUUAAACGAAAUCUACUCGUGAAUGCUUUGAAAAAUGAUAAAUUUACUACCAAAUUCUAUGAGUCAAUAAAAGAAGAUGUUUUCCGUCGCCUCGAACGCAUGCUGCUCGAGAAGGAGUCAGUUGAGACCAAUUGUGUGCGUAAUGGUGGUCAAAUUUGUGAUGGUUCUGCCGGCCCAAAUGCCGGCAACUCUGCUCACGACCAGGAAGAGUCCAAUGAUUUAAUAGGGGCAUCUGAUUUAACCCGAGACCCAACGCGUAAAUUCAAUUUGAAUGCACGCAUGGGCAAUCAACAGCAACAGCAGCGCUUGCAGCAGUAUAAGCAACAGCAAGAACAACUGCAAAAUCCAUUACCAAUGUCAGCUAACUUUAGCACUGGACGGACACCAAACUCAACCAACUCUUAUGCGAUCAAGCAAGAAUCCAAUGAUGAUCUUGCAGCUGAGGAUGAUCAACACGCCUUGCCAGCCGCUCCAGUUAACGCAAAUGUGAAUAAUCGGCAAGCAGCUGCUUUGCAAGAGAAUGCAGAGGAAGAUGAAUAUGGUGCAAAUAAUGCUGACACCGAAAGCAACAAAGCGGACAAUGAGGAUGCCGCAGCAGCGUUAGUGGAGUCAAUGGCGAACGUUGCCAAUACAGACCACAUGUCAAGCGUACCGCCAGCAAGAGAGAGUGAACAACCAGAGGAGGAUGAUAUGCGUUACAACAAUAGCAACAUUACAAGUAAUAAUGUGACAGUUAGCGAUGCAUCGGCGCCUAGUCAGACACACCAACAUAAAUUGUCUGGAAGCAACGUUCGCAGGGAUGGCAACACCGUUCCAAAUUGGCGACAAAAUGUAUUUAAUCAUGCGGAAUCAAAUACUAGCAACAAAUCGACAACAGCUAACAGUAAUAAACCCAAAAAUCGUACGGAUGCUGUGAAUAACAGCGGUGCAGGCGGUGAUGCGGAAGCAAUGCCGUCCUCUAUUGUCGGCAGUAACACACGUCCAACAUAUGGCACUGAUCUUAUCACAUACAUAAUUACACGUAUACAUAACCAAACGCAUGUCAACACACAAAUUAACGACACUGUGUUGGUGGAAAUCGCUAAGUUGACCGCCUGCGCAGUGCAAAAGUUCGCACCAAUGCUUGUAAACCAUAAAACGCUCCCCACGGCUUCGCCACACAUUUCGCCCAAGAAGUUCUAUAUGAGAAUCAAAAAACUCUGCGCACCACGUCAACGUGACGAAUUUUUGCAAUGGUAUCGCAAUUAUCUGGAAGGUAUUUUCCCAGGCGCGCGUUCUGAAGGUGAGUGGCGGCAAGGUGACGAUUUAAGCAUGAGUGGCACUUCUGAAGCGUCAAGCGCCAGUUUAGAGUUACCACGAAAUCGCAAUAAAAUGGCAAAUCAGCAGCAGACGCAACAACAACAGGGAACAAGUAAUAGCAAUAAAGAAAAUAACGACGAAGACUUGGCGGAAGCUGAUCAAAACUCUGCUAAUAGUAGCAACAAUACCAGCAACACUUUAUUUGAUAACACUUUCGCAACCAACACAUUAAUGCAUGAAAAUGAACUUGAAAACAAAGAAAAUCCCGACGAUAAUGUUGUUAAACCAGAAAAGGACAGCGCGAAGACCACUAACAACAAUCAGAGCGGCGAGGUGGCGGGUGCGUACUGCCUGAUGCCGUUAUCAGCUGCUGCCAGCGCUGCAGCCGCUGUAACCGAAGAGGCUAUAAAUGCUGCGAUACAACAACGAGAUACGCAACACUUUGCUACAAACGGCGCUGAGGGCGGCACAGCGGAAACUCAUUUUACACCACAUAAUACCUAUACCUAGUUAAUUGUAUACAUUUAUAUGACGCUGCAACUGAUCACUACUCUAUUACUCGUCGCCACAAUGCUUUCUUCGCCUAUGCUGUCUGCAGCGUUGCUAUUUGCAUACGAAUUCUUGUGACUGUAUAUGUUGCUCAGAGUUUGCCAGCUCAAACGGUGUUGAAUAUAUUCACAAACGAAAAGAAAACUUUAUAAAAAAAUAUACUAAUAGACUGUUUCCAAAAUGUAAUACAAAAUAAACAAAUUUUACGUUAAUUAUUCGACUAUGUGUGGCACAUACAUAUAUACAUAUGUGCGUGCAAAUAUAAUACUAUUUUUAAUUUAUUAAUAUUUCGUGUGUUGUGACGUCUAAAUUUUGAUUAUUUUAAAAGAAAUUGAUAUAUUUAUUAUUUUAUUACUACAUACCAAUAGGCAUGCGUUAGAUUCUCGUAAGCUGCGCUAGAAAUAUACAUUCCCACAAAAUUGUAAUUAACUUUCGGUUUAUAUUUAUGUAAUCUUUUGUCACACUAUAUAUGCGCGAUUUCAUAUGGAUGUAGUUAAUGCAAAUGCAACUGAAAAAUAUAUAUGUAAAUUUGAACUCAAACAAAUAAACUAAAAAUUACUUCAACAACAGUAACGGUA